CUUUUGUAGUAUAUAUAGACAGAGAAUCCUAGCUCUUAUAUAUGAUAACCAUGUAUAUCAUGACCUUCAACUACUCACAAUACAUCUAACGGAUCUGAUCUUAAAGUAAAAAUAAAAAGGAAGUUUAGGUGGUGGGUAUUAUGGAUAUCGGAAGCUCUAGUCAUCCUUUAUGUGAAAAAGUUUCAAGUAAGAAUUUUGUGAAGAACUUGUUCCAUAUCAUAAUCUUCUUCCUCCUCCUAUCUCUUCCUACUUAUCGAAUCGUCUCUUACCAAAAUCAUGAUACCUUUUGGCACCUGGCUUUACUAUGCGAGCUGUGGUUUACCUUCUAUUGGGUCCUCAUCAUCAGCACCAAAUGGAAUCCUGUACACUACAAAACCUAUCCUGAACGACUCUUACAAUGGAGGGGUGAGCUACCUUCGGUGGACAUGUUUGUGACAACGGCGGAUGCAGUGUUAGAACCGGCUAUUAUGACCAUAAACACAGUCCUAUCUUUGUUAGCAGUGGAUUAUCCAACUCACAAGCUAGCUUGCUACGUGUCAGAUGAUGGAUGCUCUCCUAUUAUACUUUACUCUCUCAUUGAAGCAUCCAAGUUUGCUAAGCUUUGGGUUCCAUUUUGUAAAAAGCACAAUGUUCAAGUUAGAGCACCUUUUAGAUACUUCUACAGCAGUGAUGAUGAUGAUACUUCCUCCUCAUCUGAUCAUCAUAGUACUAAUAAAAAGUACUUAAGGGAUUUUCAACAAGAAUGGAUACGUAUGAAGGAUGAGUAUGAGCAGCUAAGCUGCAAAAUUGAGAAUGCACUGAAAAUGUCAGUUCCAAGUGGUCUUAGCGGUGAUUUUGAAAUGUUUGUCAACACGCAACGAAAUAAUCAUCCAACUAUAAUCAAGGUAAUAUGGGAGAAUAAAAAAGGUGUUACAGAUGAAUUGCCACAUUUAGUUUAUAUUUCAAGAGAGAAGCGGCCAAAGCAUACACAUCAUUACAAAGCUGGCGCAAUGAAUGUUUUGACCAGAGUUUCAGGAUUGAUGACAAAUGCUCCAUAUAUGUUGAACGUUGAUUGUGACAUGUUUGUGAACGACCCAAAUGUUGUUUUGAGAGCAAUGUGCUUGCUAUCAGGUCCCAAACCUCUAAACGACAUCGCAUUUGUUCAAUUUCCACAAGUUUUCUAUGAUAGACUUAAGGAUGAUCCUUUUGGAAAUCAAAUGAUCGUUAUAUUUGAGUACAUGGCCAAGGGAAUAGCAGGACUUCAAGGACCAUGUUACAGUGGAACCGGAUGUUUCCAUAGCCGAAAAAUCAUAUAUGGUUUAUCACCAGAAGACACCAAAAAUAUUAAUUGCGAACAAGAUGAGGGGUUGCUUAUAAAACAAUUUGGAAAGUCGAAGGAGUUUGCCGGAGCAGCAACCAAUGCCUUGAAAGGAAAUUAUAUCACAGCUUCUGAAAUAAGGCUUCAAACAAUAUCUGUGGAGACUGCAUAUCAUGUUGCAAGCUGCAUCUACGAAAGUGGCACUAGCUGGGGUACAAAGGUUGGGUGGAUGUAUGGGUCAACGACAGAAGAUAUGAAUACUGGGCUUUGUAUCCAUAAGAAAGGUUGGAGAUCUGCUUUUUGUGUACCAGAUCCACCAGCUUUUCUUGGAUGCACACCUACUAAUGGGCCUGGUUCUAUGAUCCAACAGAAAAGAUGGGCCACAGGCCUUCUAGAAAUACUAGUAGGGAGAAACUGCCCCAUUUUCUUCACUAUAUUCGACAAACUUCAAUUCAGACAAUGCUUGGCCUAUCUUUGGGUUCUCCUUUGGGGGUUCUGCUCCAUUCCUGAGCUUUGCUAUUCUCUUCUACUAGCCUAUUCUAUUAUUACCAACUCCCAGUUAUAUCCUCAGAGCCAAGAACCAACGUUCAUCAUUCCAAUAUCGAUAUUUGUGGUGUACAAUCUAUACACAAUAUCAGAGUACAUUGCCACUGGACAAUCAAUCAAAGCGUGGUGGAACAAUCAGAAAAUGACAAGAAUAAUCUCAAUGGGCCCUUGGAUUUUGGGAGUAAUUGGUGUGAUACUAAAGCUUAUAGGAAUUUCAGAGACAGUAUUUGAAGUGACCAAAAAAGACCAAUCAACUUCAGGUACUAUUAGUGAUCAUGAUGAUCAUAUAAAUGCUGGGGUUGGUACAUUCACCUUUGACGAGUCACCAGUCUUUGUGCCGGUCACAACCUUAUUAUUGGUCCAACUCAUAGCGUUGGCUAUGGCAUUUCUAAGGUUGAAACCGCCAGUUCGCAGUGGUGCAGGUCACGGCUCAGGGGCUUUGGAGGUCUUUUGUAGUUUGUGGUUGGUAUUGUGCUUGUGGAAUAUCUUGAAAGGGUUAUUUGGGAAAGGAAAGUAUGGCAUUCCCUUCUCCACCAUUUUUAAGUCUGCAGCUUUGGCAUUGCUUUUUGUAGCCUUCUGUAAUAGAAGGAACAACAUUUAGAUUGUUGGUUUAAUUCAAUCACCUUCCUUACUUAUAUGUGUGCUGUCUAUUCCUAAAAGAUGUUAUCUAUAAUAUUCAUGGUUAAUUUUAUAUAAAGACUGAGAAAUAAUUCAUUUGUAGAAGAAUAAUUUGUGUAUGAAUAAUAUUAUUUCAGAAUUUCCCGAUAUAA